GACGCGCGCGGAGCUCGACUGGCGCGGCCUGAGGCCGUAUCCUCCGCCGCGCCUUCGCCAACGCUGCCGCGGGCCCGGUUCGCGAGGAAGGGGACUAGGCCGGGGCCUGCUGUGGCCGGGUCGCCGAGCGCCGAGGCUCGCUUCCCACCGCCCCUUCCGCCCCAGCUUCACCAUCUUCCCGUCCCCAGCGGGCUGGGCGCGGGAAAGGCUUCCGGAGCCAUGGAGGAUGAGGUGGUUCGCAUUGCCAAGAAGAUGGACAAGAUGGUGCAGAAGAAGAACGCGGCUGGAGCACUGGAUUUGCUGAAAGAACUUAAGAAUAUUCCCAUGACCUUGGAAUUACUACAGUCCACAAGAAUUGGAAUGUCAGUUAAUGCUAUCCGCAAGCAGAGUACAGAUGAAGAAGUUACAUCUUUAGCAAAGUCUCUCAUCAAAUCCUGGAAAAAGUUAUUAGAUGGACCAUCAACUGAUAAAGACCCUGAAGAAAAGAAAAAAGAAUCUGCAAUGCCAUCACAAAAUAGCCCUGAAGCAAGAGAAGAAAGUAGUUCCAGUGGCAACGUAAGCAGCAGAAAGGAUGAGACAAAUGCUCGAGAUACUUAUGUUUCGUCUUUUCCUCGGGCACCAAGCACUUCUGAUUCUGUGCGGUUAAAGUGUAGGGAGAUGCUUGCCGCAGCUCUCCGAACGGGAGAUGACUACGUUGCUAUUGGAGCUGAUGAGGAAGAACUGGGAUCUCAGAUUGAGGAAGCUAUAUAUCAAGAGAUAAGGAAUACAGACAUGAAAUACAAAAAUAGAGUAAGAAGUAGGAUAUCAAAUCUUAAAGAUGCAAAGAAUCCAAAUUUAAGGAAAAAUGUGCUGUGUGGAAAUAUUCCUCCUGACUUGUUUGCUAGAAUGACAGCAGAGGAAAUGGCUAGUGAUGAGCUCAAAGAGAUGAGGAAAAACUUAACCAAAGAAGCUAUCAGAGAGCAUCAGAUGGCCAAGACUGGUGGAACUCAGACUGACUUAUUCACGUGUGGCAAAUGUAAAAAGAAGAAUUGUACUUACACACAGGUACAAACUCGUAGUGCUGAUGAACCAAUGACAACCUUUGUUGUCUGUAACGAAUGUGGAAAUCGCUGGAAGGUAGGUGCCAUCUUGAAGUCAUAUCGUACUCAUUUAUAAUAGAAUAAUUUCUUCUGGUUUUCUGUAAGUCUGCCUAGAUAAUUAAGUUAUGCCCAUAUGCUCAUAGUAUCUGGCACUCUGGAAGUCUCCGAUUAGCUACGUGUAAUGGAAUAUACUAUUUUAUACCCUACUCUAGAUGCAAUUAGCUUGAUUUUACCACCUUAUGUUUAUAUUUUGAUGCUGGCAUAGCAGGAGAAAAUCUUAGAUGUUUAGUUACCAUAAUUCAGUCCUAUACUAUUGUCAUUAGUUUAUUUUCAGCCUUACACUUUUUUGUUUUAAUAGCUUUUGAUUUUUUUUUCCCCUGGAGAUACUGUGAUUUGAACUUAGGAUAUAACACUUGCUAGGUAUGCAUUCUACGACUUAAGCCAUGUUUCCAGCCCUUUUUGUUUUAGCAAUUUUUUGAGUAGGGUCUAGAGUUUUUGCCCUGGCCAGCCUUGGACAACAAUUGUCUUGCCUAGCUGGAAUCAUAGGUGUAUACCAUCACACCUAGCUUUUGGUUGAGAUGGGAGUCUCACUAACUUUUUUUUUUUUGCCCAGGCUGACCUCGAAUAGCUAUCCUUCCAAUCUCUGCCUCCCAAGUAGCUGAGAUUAUAGGCAUUGGCAACCACACCUAGCAAAUAAUUCAUUCUUGAGUGAUUUGGAGAGGUACAAAAAACAAAAUUUAAAAUUACAGGAUUGUAUAUCACUCCCAAGAACACUGUCACUAUUAGUGUAGGUGGCUAUGUUAAGAGUGUGGGGCUGGGGCGCCAUGUUAGGAAUCAGUCUUUGGAGUCAGCACUGGCUUGUUUCCUUUUCAGUUGCCAUUACUGAGUUUAAUUUCCUCGUGGGUAAUAACCUAUAUUGCAGGUUGUGAUGAGGAGUACUGAGUAUAUUUAAAGUGCCUAUUACUGUUCCAGAAAUGCUGACCAUUUUUACCAGUUUUGUAAAGCUUACAAAAGAUUUUUUUUUCUGUUAUACUUACAGACUGUUCAGUUUGAAUUGUUCGUAUAGCUUAAAGUAUUUUGUGAAAAUCUAAAGUGAAUUGGAAUCCAGAUAACUUCCACAAAUAAUAAUUUGGGUCUUUGGUCCCAGACACUAUUUAAUUGUUAAAUCCAGUACCUGUUUUAUUAUACACAAACAUUUAGUUCUGAGCUGCAAAGGUUACUGAAAGUGUCUUCACAGUUUGAAACAAGUUGCCAGAAGUUUUUUUAUUGAUUUAAGAGAGGGACAUUCACCUUUUUUAUGUUUUUUCAAUCCUGUUGAGCAAAGGUGGCUUGUAAAGGUAAUUGGCUCAGAUUUGGUGUGCAUGUUGGGUCAUUUUGUUGUUACCAUGUAUACCUACAGUGCAGCUUGUUUUGGAUACAGGUAGUUCACAGCACGAGUUCUGAUACAGCACCUGGUGAAUUUAAGACAGUUAUAAUGUUGUUAAACUUUUUAAUCUAAAAACAUUAAGAAGAGAGGUACUUAAUACAAAUACUAAAAAUGUUUUUAUAUCUGUUCUUUAUAUGUUCCCACUAAUUCU